AUGAACGGCCUAUCAUUUUUCACAUUCUCAAUUAUCUUCUUCUUGGUCUCGGCAGCUCUCGGAUGGACUGAGCUUUCCUUCAUAGCCAACAACUGGAGAGACAUUAUCCUGGUGCUGAAUGCGUUCGCUUGGUUGCUUACAGGCCUAGCCUUUCUAAAGGGGCGCAUUGCUCCGUCAUAUAAAUAUGAUAACAAGGAGAAUGAUUCAUACAUCUCCGAUAUCUGGCGAGGCAUUGAACUGCAUCCUCGGUUCGGCGCAGCAUGGGAUCUCAAAAUCUUCCACAACGGACGCUGGACGAUGACCGCACUCGCCAUGAUAGAUAUAUCCUUCGCAGCCCUCCAAUGGGAAAUGCACGGUUAUAUAACGUACACGAUGAUAUGCGUACUGCUACUCCGGAACAUUCUCAUCGUCAACUUCUUCACAAAUGAAGAAUGGUAUCUCCGUAGUAUGGAUGUAUGCGACGAGCCCUUCGGAUUCUACUUCGCGUGGGGAUCCGGUGUUUUCUUCCCGACAAUGUACACUUUGCAGACGCAGUAUCUUGCCCUGAACCCCGUCGAGCUUCCCCUCACUCGUAUUAUCUCAAUAUUUUCCCUCGGAGUCACAGGUUUCAUCGUCUACUAUGUCGCCACAGAGCAAAAGAAUGCAGUAUGCGACAUGACGAGUGCCAAGGAGAUGGGACACGAAAAGGUGCAGUUUGUUCGUGCUUCGUAUACGACGACUGAUGGGGUCGGGAGAGAGUCACUCUUGUUGUGUAGUGGGUUGUGGAGACAUAUCCGACAUCCCAAUUAUCUGGGCGUAUUGAUAUUGACAUGUACUAGGGAUGAGAGAAACUGUCUGAGGAAGUAUGGCAAGGAUUGGGAGGUUUAUUCCAUAUACACGUUUUACUUGGUAACGUUUACUAGUAGACUGUAUCACUACGAAGGCUUUUGGAACGGUCAAACAUCUGGUUUGAAGAUAUGA